AUGAGUGCAUGCCAGCCGUCCAAGCGCGCUCGCGCCCGAGCCUCGCCCUACGUCUUUCUGCUGACGCCUGGAGCCGUGCCGGCGAAUGCGCCCGGGCUCCUGCACAUUGUGCUGAAAAGCGCCGGGCCAGGGCCAGCCGCAUCGCGGUCCGCCGGCCCGCCGGCCCCCUCGCGGCCGGUGUUCUCCAUCGUGCGCCUCGGUGCACGCGGGCCGAUCCUCGUGGAAAUGGCUCCCCCCGCGGCCGGGAGCUGGGACUUCCGCCUUGGCGCGUCGGAAAUGGCCGCUUCACGGCUGGCGGCCCGCGAGGGCCGGCGACCGGGCUGGCACUUCCAGCUCGAGCUCCCGGGCGGAGGCCCGCAGCCGGUUCAGCUCAUCCCCACGAUCGCCCAUGACCGGGACCUGCGACUGCCCGGCCAGCUGGACGCCCCGCCAAAGGACUCGAGCCCCCCUCGACCGGCCGGGGGGGCAGCCUCGAGCAUCGGCGGCCGGAGCUCGGCCGGGGGCAGCCCCUCGGCCCCGGAGAGCCCGGUGUCGCCGGCCGCACUGCUGGUGGCCUCGGCCGUGGAGGCGGCCCUGGGCCGGUCGUCCUCCUCCGGCGCGGCCUCCCUGGUCCUCGAGCGGCCGAUGGGGGGGGCGGCCUCCACUUCUCGACUGGCCGAGCGACCGCCCACGCCGCCAGAGAAGGAGCCCGGCUGCCCGGCCAGGGAGGAGGCCGCGGCUGCGGCCAGCCCGGUGGCUCCCUUUCCCUCGCUGGGCGCCAUCAAUCUGGCCACUCGCGCGGCCAUGGCCCAGGGGUUCGGCCUGUCCGAGGCGCAGCUCAAUCCUCUGAAGUGCGGGGCCCGCGCCGCUGGCGGGGGCCCCGACUCGACUGCCAGCAGCGCGGGCCUUCCGCCGUGCACGCCGCCCCCACGUCUGAAUGCCGCCGAGCAGUCCCUUGCCCUGGCCGGGCAUUGGGCCCUGCGGGAUCUGCGUCUGCUGGUGGGGGAGCUUCGCGGGGCGGCCCGCGGCCGGGAGCCAUGGCAGCCGUCGCCCCACUGGCAGCCACUCCCCGGGGCCACACACCCGGACUUGCGCAUGUUCAUCCGGAACCCGGCACUCAUGCCGGCCCUGCGGCGGAGCCCCCCGGCCAAGAACCCCUCGCGGUUUGUGGCCGGGCUGGUGGACCUGCCCGGGGUCCGGCCCGAGGAUGUGGCAGCCGCGAUCGACACGCUCUCCGCCCGGCAGGUGUGGGACCCCAUGGUCGACGAUUACAAGCGCCUGGACCGGGCCUUCACGGCCACUGGCGCCGUGGAUCUGGUGCAUGUUCGCCUGAAGCCGGUGGCCAAGAUUGAGCGCGAUCUUGUCUUCGUCGGGUGCUCGUACCAGCCGCCCAACGAGCCAAACACCCUUUACUGCGUGUCGCGAUCGAUCCAGGCCACCGAUGCGAGCACCCUGCCGACGGCCGGCCAGGCGGCCGGCUCGCCAGAGCUCCUGGCCGACCCGUCUGCCGAUGACCUUCGCCAGCAUCCCUCCCUGCCGAAGGAUGCGCGCACUCUCUCGUGCGUGUACCUUGGCGGCUGGCGGCUGGAGCUCCUCUCGGACCCGGGCGCGCCGCCGGUCACUCGGGCCGUGCACAUCAUGUGCAAUGAUCCCUGCGCAUGGGUUCCGGCCAUGGUCAUCAAUCGGAUCACCAACGCCCUGCCGAAGAAGGUCGGCGAGCUGGCGCACUUCCUCGCGGCCCAGGGUGCUCCUCCGGGUUGUGCGUGA